ACCAACGACGUUGCGCAUCGUCACAGACCCGGAAGUCGUGUUCAUUCAUUCUACCGGUUUCCUCAAGUUGAAUCGCAUCCAAUGUUAGCACUCUCUUCUGGACGCACAAGAGAUGUUGCUGCUGGUGCUGGGAGUCCUCCUCCUGCUCUUCUGCAGUGUGGAUGUAUGGUACUUCCUGCGCGGGGCCCAGGUGUUCUUCCAGGCAUGGUUCCAACCCCGAAUAUGGGACAUCCUAGCUGAGCAAAGCAUUGAUGGCAUGGUCCUUCCCCAUGAUUUGGACUACAUGGGCCACAUGAACAACUCCCGAUACCUGAGGGAGUGUGACUUUGCCCGCUUCCACCAUUACAUGCGAAACGGGCUGUUCAUGGCCUCACACAAACUGGGGGCCAAAAUGGUGGUAGGGGCCUCCACCAUCCGCUACCGACGCUCCUUGGCCUUCGGCGAGGCUUUUGAGAUUCGGACCAAAGUGGUGGGAUGGGACGAGAAGGCCUUUUACUUGGAGCAACGCUUUGUGUCCAAGAAAGAUGGUUUUGUCUCUGCGGUUAUGCUCUGCAGGCAGAAUGUGGUGCGCUGCAGCCCGGAGAGGAUUAUCGAGUUUGUCUGCAAAAGGAAGAUUGAGUGUCCAGAGUUUCCCGAAGACCUCAAACACUGGAUCAGCUUCAUUUCAGCCAGCAGCCAGGCCCUGAGGGCAGAGAGUGGACUGGAAGAGAAGAACAAGUGAAGCCACACCAUGACGCCGCGUUCCAUGAGUGUAGUCCCACAUAUCAUUAGCAUUGCACGCACAUAUACAAUAUACAUACAUGCACACACAUGGUAAAACACUGUAGAGCGUUUUUAGUUGACUUACAAGAUUCCACUUAUCUGUUUCGGGUCUAUCCUACCUGUUACGUGUAUUUUUGUAAGAUGUGAACAGAAAUACUUCAGACAGCUGAUUAUGAAAACUUGAACUGUAAGGUAUUCCAUGUUUUAAAAUGCACUUGUGCAUUGGGAUCAUACUGGAAGUUGUUUUCUCCAAAGAAAGUGACACAAGAACCUAGCUUUAUCCCUGCAGCUUAUUUAGUAGUUGACUGUGAAUAGACUGGCUUUUAGACAUCUUCAUUAUCAUUUAGCAAAAACCCUGACUUCAGGUAAGCAUGUAGAGCAAAAAGAUAAUCUUCCACUGACAUCAGUGCAUGUUUUGAAACAAACAGAAGAAUUUUUUUGUGCCUGUUUCUCUCGAUAAGUUGUUAGUUGACAGUUACAAUUUCAGUUAAAGAUGAACUUUUUACAAAAAUGUAAGUGAUGAAAUACUUGAAUGGACGUUAUGAACAUGUACUGUUUUAAUCUUCCCAUCAGCAUUUUGCACAAGGAAUCCCAAAUGAGUAGACAAAUGCAAUUCCUGUUAACAAUCUGAAAGGGAUUAUUCAAUUCUGAGGGAUCCAUUAAUCAAUAUAGUAUUGUUUUUGUUUGUGCAUUUAAAGGGUGGGAUGCUUAACUGGAAUUGCAAUUAGUUUUAGCAGAAAGUGCUUGAAUCCAAACUGACAGGCGUAAUAAGUAAAAGAUUAUCCAAGGUUGCUGGCAACUUUUCAAAACCCGCAACAAACAAUAAACGGUGAAUGUUAGGAUGAUGCUUGUUUUUAAGAAAGACAGGCUUUUGAAAUCUGGAACUGUCCCUUUAAUGCAUAAAAGCUUUAGUUUGUGACCAAAGUAAUGUAUUGUUCUGUAAGGAGGGAAAACGAAAUCCAUUCUUUUAUGUCUACAUGUCAUUUAUGUUAUUGAUGCACUGACAACAAAAUACUUUUUAAUUGAUUUGGGCUUGAAGAUAUACACUGUCCUUUUAUUUUCCACUUAUGUUAUUUAUGAUUAUGGAGAUGUGUUAAUGUACCAAACGUUAUUUAUUGUGUCAAUUAUUUGAAGGCAUUUUAAAUUAAAAAAUGCAUUGGAAACUA